CUGACAAAAGAAUAAAGCCUGGCAUAGAGAACCACAUGGUGGACAGGGAAAGAGACCAGAGAGCUGCUGGUGGGCCCAGAGUGUGGGGAGAGGCGCCACCAAAAGCAUUCAUGGAUCAGGCUGGUGCAGGGAAUCCACAUACUGUGCCUGGAGAGACAGAGAGUGAGAAAGGAAUCCAGACUGGAGGAACAACCAGCAGGAGAUUCCUGUCUGAGCAUCCAAAGGGGCUGCUAGUCUCACUGUAUGUCUGACUGUCCUGGACUUGCCUGAAGACAAACUGUAAAUCAUCCGAAGAGCAUUUGGAGCAGUAUGCAUUCUCUGUCCCCAUUCUGGUGAACACUACAGCAUGCUUGAACUUUCUACAUCUUGAGGAACCCUUGCAUCUUCGUGUUGAUAUGGAACUUGAUGGAACAAACAAAACUACACAGUAGCUUCUCACAUCCUACAAGCACAGUGAGAUACAAUGCCCCAGUGCUGGAAGGAAACUCAACUUUUUCCAUCUCCAUAACAUCCCCAUCAAGUAGCUGUGUAAAUGGAUUUGCUUAUUCCUUCUCCAUCAAUCUCAGUUACCAUGGCAACAAAAACCAGUCCAACCAGGUGAUUGUUGACAUCAAGUUGCUGUCUGGAUAUACAGUUGACUAUCAGUCACUGGCAAAGCUUCACGAUGAUGUUUUGAAAGCUGAACAGAUCAAUAAUCACCUGAUAGUGUACAUUGAGCCUGUCUCAAGGGACCCUGUUUCCAUGUCAGUAACUCUAGAUAUAAGUGAAAGAGUGCAGGACCUCCAGCCCCAGUAUGUUCAUGUCUAUGACUACUAUGACCGAGAUGAGAGUGGAUUUGCUGUGCUCUGGCAUCCAUGCUCUGUCCAGUGAUGUCUGGUAAUUGUAUAUGUUUAGGAAAUUGAGGUCUACAAAGGACUAGGCUAGAACAGGGUUCUCUAUCUGAAGGCCCAGGGCCAGGAAUGGUCCUUUGAGUGAUUUCUAUGGCCCACAACCUGUUCAAAAGCUCCACAAACUUCUUUGCAUGACAUCAUAGACAUAUAAAAUGUGUUUGUGUAUAGGGCAUAAAAUGUAUUAGCAACAUGAAUGGGCUUUUUCAAAUUGCACCCCAUUAAAUGAUGCACAGGUGUAUAAGUGUAAGUGAAAUUUUUCUCCUUACAAAACAUGUUUUUGAUUAUGCAACAGGAGAUCUGUCAUCAACGCCCUUCACUGAAGCAAACAGAAGAACUGCACAUUGUACUCAAGUUGUUCCCUUGUUUGGUAAAAGAAACAACAUUCGAAAAAAUACUAGCUGUCAGCACUCAGGGGUUCCUCUUAUGCAGUUACUU